AUGGGGGACGACACGCCCGCACACAAGCCCGGCCGCACCGCCGUGACGCCCGUGUGCGUCGCCAUGGCGACGCGGUACUUCGACGGCCAGAACGACCCGGCCCUGCUCAGCCUCGUGGUCGACGACAUCGUGUACGUGCUCAACGCCCCAAACUCCCGGUGGUGGGACGGCAUCCUCGUCGACCCGAUCGGCAACGUCACGCGCGGGUGGUUCCCGCCCUCGCACACGCGCAUCAUCCAGCAGGGCACGCCGCUGCAGCCGUCGGUGUCCACUGUGCGCGACGAGCGCAGGACGCUCGAGUCGCUCAACGUCCCGAAAAACGUCUCCUUCUCGUCGACGGCCUCGGCCCAGACGCCGCACAGAGAGAGCUUCCAGAGCACGCGGUCCGGCGACCGCACGCAGGUCGCGGUGGCGUCUGCCGAGGAGAUCAACUCGUACUUCUCGCAGUCGACGUCGCAGCCGAGCUUCAACUUCCUGCCGGUCUGGGUGCCCGAGAUCACCCAGGACGGCGAGUUCGUGUACCACAACAGCGCGCUGAACGUGUACUCCAAGGACCUGCCGCUGAUCAGCGCCGACUACGUCGACCACGACUCGGCGCUCGAGAAGACAGACGUGUCCAGGUUCAACGGCCUGGACGUGGUGCCGAUCGACGCAAAGGACGCCGCGGCAGAGGCCGAGUCGCAGGCAGAGCGCACGUACGACCAGGCGCAGAGCAGAGACACCAUCGCCGACUGUCUCGCCGACACAAACGGCCGCCUGUGGCACAGCCCUGACAUGUUCUACUUCUCGCCCACGGACGUCACGAGCUGGACCGAGCUGUACAAGAAGUUCCGGUACCUGGUCAACAUGUGUCUGGACACGAUCAGCAAGAACUCGCGCGAGCUGUUCCUCGUGUGUCUCAACAACCUCGCCGAGACCGUCACGCUGUUCCAUGUGGCCAGCAACAUGGCGACCAAGGACCUUGAGCGCAACGGCGUCGCCGACAGCGUGCGCGAGAACCUGCACAAGAUAACCAGCUCGCUGUCGCAGCUGGCCAUCAACGGGAACCUGCACUUUGUCGGGUCGAAACACUUGCUGCGCUCUGUGGGCGGCGACGACACCGCCGACGACGAGCUCAGCAGCGCAGACGAGCUGGACCACGGCAGCGACGCGUCGCACGUGUCCGAGACGUUCUAUCGGCGCGCUGAGCGCGACGCCGUCAAGCUGCUCAGGCGCGCGGGCUCGCUCAAGGAGACGUUUUUGCAGCUGCGCUAUUCGAACCACGCGGAGCCGGACACCCUGCCGCUGGUGUACCCGCGCUUCUUCAAGGGCCGUUUCCACGCGGGCAAUUUCUCGAACCCGUUCGAUGACCUCGGCGGCCCUCUGCACAGCUCCGAGAGCCUGUUUAUCGACCCGCACUCGCACAAGAACAACGUUCUUCUCGACGACGAGGCCGUCGAGCGCCUGAGCGACUAUAAAGCCAAGGCGUGCGAGAUCCUCAACAACGUGGUCCAGGUGCUCAGCAUGCUGAUCCCGCGCGACGUCAAGUACAAGAAGUUCAUCGAAGACCGCAACCUCAACAUCGUCACGCUCAUCUACCACAGCGUGCCGUCGCUGAACCGCUUCCUCAACCUCCUCGAGUCGAUCGACUUCACGAUCUUCAUCAUGGUCAACCGGCUCGCGCGCAAGGAACGGCUGCGCAACGAGCGCGUCGCCGAGGACGACGACCCGGAAAGCGCGAACCGGCUUUUCUACGAAACCACCUCCAAGCAGCUCGAGCCGGUGCUCACAGAGUUCGUCGAGCUCAAACAGUCGCUCCACGACACGCUCAGCGACCUCAUCAUGGACGCCCAGAACAUCACCGUCGACGACCCAGAGGUGUUCGAGGGCCUGAAGGAGGAAGAGACGUUCUACGACCAGUCUGUGCUGGGGCUCAAGACCGAGCAGUUUGCGCGCGCGCUCGUGGCCAACCUCAACGAGAAGGACUUCAGAGACCUCAACGACGGCGAGUACCUGUACGACUCGAACCUGAAACUGCGCGCGACGAUCUCCAAGGCAUUGCAGCAGUUUGACCUCGUCAUCAUGUCGACGACCCAGCUGAAGGAAGAACGCCAGUCGAUCCUCAACUACUGCACGAGGCUCAUGAACACAGACUUCAGCGUCGCGUCGCUCUUUGUCGCCGAACGGCACAACACCAUGGUCUCCUCCGUGAGCCAGUCGGAGUACAGCUACGGGCGGCGCAAGUCACGUGACACGGAGACGGAGCUGCCGUGGUUCUUGGACGCCGACGACGAGGAGCAGUCGGUGAUUUUCGACAUGAACGGCAUCAAGGGCGGGCCUGCGGGGGGUCUGGUGUCGCGGCUGGUGAACCCGACCCACGACAACGACGACGAGUUCAAGGAGACCAUGCUGGCCAUGUUUGUGACGUUCAUGACGCCGGUGGCCUUUUUCAGCGCGCUCAUGGACAGGUACAACAUCCAGAUGCCCGAGGGGCUGAGUUACGAGGAGUACAGCAUUUGGGUGGAGAGAAAGCUCAAGCGGCAGCGCGAAGAGGUUCUGCGCACGUUCGCCAAGCUGUUCAGCACCGCGUGGCUCGUGCAGUACAGUUCUCCGGAGCUGAAAACAAAGUGGGAGCUUUUUAUCGAGAGCAACAACGUGGACGCGAAGCUCGCGCAGCUGGGGCGGCUGGUGAUGGCGAUGAAGACGCAGGACGAGUGGUUUGCUGAGUUUGGCCACGGCAAUCCGGAGCCGAAGCCGUUUGAAGGCCGGCCGCCGGUGCCGCUGAUGCUUGGCAAGAAUCUGCGCAACACGAACAAGCUGCGGCUGCGGGACAUAGACUCGAUGGAGUUUGCGCGCCAGAUCACGCUGAUCCAGUGCGAGCUGUUCCGCAAGAUCGACAAGUUCGACCUGCUUGCGCGGUCGUACCGCUUCAACCGCAUUUUCAAGCACUCUGAACCGGUUGGGUCCAAAAACAUCGCCAAUUUUGUGCGCAACUGCAACCUUAUUACACAUUUUGUCAUCUACAUGAUCCUGCGUCAGCGCGAUAUCCAGUCCAGAGCAGAGAACAUCAAAUAUUUCAUCAUUGUUGCCGACAAACUGCUCAAGCUCCGGAACUACUCGACCAUGACGGCGAUUAUCUCCGGGCUCAGCUCGACAUCAAUCAGCAGACUCAAGAAAACGUGGGUUCUUGUACCGAAACACCUGAUGGCCAACUUCGAGAAGAUGGACCAGCUGAUGUCGAUCGGCAAGAACUACAGCGAGUACCGCAGCAUCCUCAAGUUCGUCAACGAGGACUCAGAGCCAUGUCUGCCGUUUUUGGGCAUGUACCUGUCGGACCUGCGGUUCCUCACCGACGGAAACCCAGACUACCUGCACAACAACCGCAACCUCGUGAAUUUCGGCAAACGGCUGAGCAUUUACCGCACCAUCCAGGAGGUGAUCAAGUUCAACGCCAAAGCCUACCAUUUCGAAAAAAUCGACGAGUUAUGGUCUUAUUUCCAUGACAUGUGGGAGCAGCUCCCGGACGACGACAAGCUAUACAACAUUUCGCUGAAGCUGGAGCCGAUGGUCAGUUUGGUGACCCAGCAGGAUACCGAGAAACGCGUGCGAGGAGUGGAAGCGCGCGUGUUCAAGAGAAACGUUCCCGCCCGCUUAUGA